AUGGCUUCAAAUGAAAUAUGUGUUGGGGACUAUUUAAUCAUACAUAAACAAAAGUACAAGAAGUUGCUGAAAUUCAAUAAGCCUAACCUAAUUGUUGCUGUAGGACGUGACACAAUAAACCUAGACGGAAUAGAAGGAUGCCCUUAUUUUUCAGUAUUCAAGAUGAUAUCUAGCAGUGGAAAGAAAAACAGGGAGUAUUCCUUAGAAUUAACUCAAGAAGUUAUCAACAUCAAAGAUGAAAUAGAUGUUAAGACAUCAGGCAAUGAUAAUAGGAACAUAUUUGAUGAUGGUCGGUCUCAAAAGCUAUCAGCUGCAGAAAUAGAGGAACUUAAAGUGGAUUCUAGUAAAGCAUCUGAUAUUGUUGAAACUUUGAUUAUAAACUCUAACACAUUUCACAGUAAAACGGAAUUUUCACAAGAAAAGUAUCUUCGCAAAAAAGAAAAGAAAUACUUUGAGUAUAUACAGAUUAUUCGUCCUAACUUGAGGAUAGUUACGGAAGUUAUGUAUAAGUUGGAACCAGGAAAAAUACAAGGUCUAAGAACAGAUACACUAUCCCAAAUAAUCACUAUGGCAAAUGUACAGUCAGAAGGGAAUCAUCUUUUGUAUGAUUCUGGAUCAAAUGGGCUUUUAGCUGCAGCAUUGUUAAGUGCUAUUGGUCGACAGACCGGAGGAAAGCUGGUACACAUGCAUCCUGGUAACAUGUCACAAAAACAAGCUUUAUUGGCAAUGAAUUUUAAGGAAGAGCAUUUGAACAGAUGUAUAUCUGUCAAUGUUUAUUCAGCCCUAAGACAGUAUUACCAAGGAUGUGACACCAAUGAACAUUCAAGUAGUGAUUCAAUCACACUGAAAAGAAAAGCUGAAGACACUUUAGAAAGUAAGAGUAAACUGACUAAAACUGAAGACGCUGAUAGUAUAAAUUCAAAUAUACAAAACCAAACUCUUGAUACUAACAAUAUUAAUUGUGAUAGUAAGCUUGAGCCUAAAAAACCAAAAUGGCAUUUUGAUAAUAUAGCUGCUUCCUUAGUCUUGAAAGAGAAAAUGGAUUCUUUGGUUAUAGCUUGUAAAGAAGAUCCAAAAAAUAUAUUUAAUGAGUUGGUAGAGUUUGUGAAACCAGGAAGGCCUUUUGUUAUUUAUUAUAGUGUGGCUGAACCCCUACAGCAAUUGUACAUGCUAUUAAAAUCACAAAGUAAUGUGGCAGCUUUGAAACUGACAUGUAAUUGGAUGAGAAAUUAUCAGGUAUUGCCUGAUAGAACUCAUCCAGAAGUAAUGAUGAAUGGGGCUAGUGGAUUUCUAUUAACGGGCUAUGUAUUGAAGUAA